UCAGCUGUCAGGGCACCAUGAUAAAUCGCAAUGCAUUAUUGAUAAUAAUAAUUACUUUGACAUGCGCAUUUCUACUUGAAGGGCUAAUUUCGGCCGACCUGGAGAAUUUACUAAGGCGAAGGAGUAAAGCGUGUUACUAUUUGCCCCAGAUGGUGGUGUAGUCUGCCAUGUCGCGACGCAAGCAGUCCAAACCGCAGCACAUCAACUCGGAAGAACCCGGUUCAUCAGAAAACGGGGUUCUACAAGAUGUCCAUACAGAGGAUGGGCAUGAAACCAAGAGGUGUCGAAUGGAGGAAACAAGAGUCUGUGAAAAAUGCUGUGCUGAGUUCUUUGAUGAAAUGGAGUUUCUUGAACAUGAGAGAAACUGCACUAAGAGUCAACAGGUUGUAAUUAUGAAGGAUGGGGAGGGGGGUGAAAUACCACUCGAGUUCUCGCAACGCUCUCCUGAAUUCCAAAGUGAUCACAGCGAUGGGCGGUCUAGCAGUAAUUCUCAGUCAAAGCACAGCACUGAGUCUGCCGACACCGUUGAGGACGCGUUGAAUUUAAACGGAGAUGGUGACUCAAAACAAUCCCAGGAAGAUGUGUCCAACAGCAUUGACGUUGGUUACAUGGCGGUGUCCAAAUUGCAGGACUCCAAUGUUACUCUUGAAGCCAUGCCUGCCACCAGAGUAGCUGUAACUCAGCACUCAUCUAGUUCAUCUACUCAGAAGUCUCCCUCACCAUUGUCUCAAGAUGCCCUUCACGCAAUACCCAUGAUCCUUGAGCAGCUGGUUAGUCUCCAGCAACAGCAACUGCAGCAGAUCCAGCUGACUGAACAGAUUCGGAUCCAAGUAGCCAUGAUGACACCACAGAGCGUCCAGUCUGCAAUGGGAGCCACCGUGGAUCCGUUGAAGGCACUUGGGGCACAUCUUUCCCAGCAACUUUCAGCUGCUGCUGCUCUGAUCGGAAAACGUACAGGCACACAGAGUUUGUCGUUGGAGGCUCUCAAACAAGGCAAAUUACCCCAAUCCAGUAGCAUUCCCACAUCGCAUGCUGGAAGUGUUGGCUCCAUACCCCUGAAGACCGAUACAAUCAAAGGGCUCCCAGAUCUAGCAAACAGACUUCCUGCUUUACUUCCACAAUCGCCAGCAGUUAUGGCAUUCCAGAGCCCAUUUACUAACCUUGCAGCAAACCUAGAUCCCUCCAAAAAAUGCAAAAACAAGCUGCAUGGCAUCGCAGAGGUGAAGAAUGGAGGUGGUGAGCAGAUGUACAAGCAUAAAUGCAAGUUCUGUGGAAAGACCUUUGGGAAUGACAGUGCCUUGCAGAUUCAUUUACGCUCACACACUGGUGAAAGACCAUUUAAAUGUAACAUUUGUGGAAACCGUUUCACAACUAAAGGAAACCUUAAAGUGCAUUUCCAGAGGCACAAAGACAAGUACCCACACAUUAAAAUGAACCCACAUCCUGUACCAGAGCACCUAGACAACAUUCCUACUAACAACGGCAUUCCAUAUGGCAUGUCGGUGCCCAUGGAAGAAUCAAAUAUUUUAGACAACAAACCAGUGCUUGGACUCCCAUCCACAGGUAUCCACUCCUCAUCAGUGCUCCAGGGAUUCAAGCCUUCUUUUGAUGUUCCAGUGACUGGGGACCUCUACACACAAAGACCCUCCUCAUCUGGCAGUGAUGGUGCAUCCAUUUCAUCAGGCAUGUUCAGUAAUGAGGUCGGACUGGACCAGAGCAAAGAAGCCUCAGAUGCACUAAGUAGCCUGCAUCAAAUGAAUGGUAGUGGUGUCCUCAGUGAAAAUGGGUCUGGCACAGCCAAGCUUCAGCAAAUGGUGGAUGGCCUGGAGAAGAGGACCAAUGACCCCAAUGAAUGCCUCAUCUGCCACAGAGUGCUGAGCUGUCAAAGUUCCCUUAAGAUGCAUUACCGUACCCACACAGGUGAGCGACCCUACAAGUGUAAGAUAUGUGGCAGAGCCUUUUCUACUAAGGGCAACCUUAAGGCUCACUAUGGUGUCCACAGGGCAAACACUCCCCUUAAAAUGCAACACUCUUGCCCGAUUUGUCAGAAAAAGUUUACCAAUGCUGUUGUGCUCCAGCAGCAUAUUCGAAUGCACAUGGGUGGCCAAAUUCCCAACACUCCAUUGCCCGAGAACCAAUAUGAGGGCCCUGAAAUGAUGGAGUCCAGCGUGACUGAGAAGAACAUUGAUGCAAGUGGGCUUGAGGAGAGCAUGGAGGAGCAAGAUGUGGAUUUCGACAAUCAAGAGAAUACAAACAGCUCAGAGCCUACUCCUACAUAUGCUGCCAAAGUGGAUCAGCCAUUCAACGGCUCACCUGCCAUGUUCACUGGAAUUGCUGCCCUAGAGAACCAUAUGAAAAGCCUCACAUCAUCUUUGAACUUGCAGCGGCAGAGCAGUACUGCGUCUGAGAGUGAUGGUGGGCCGAAAGAGUCACCGUCCACAGCUGGAGACCUGGACUACAAGAAUGGACGCAGUCCAGUUGUAUCAGAUUCUGCUUCAUUUCACUCCUCAUCGCCAAUAGAUGGCCAACUGGAGAAUGGACAGUUAAAAUCUCCAGAAUCUCUAAACCCAGAUGAUUUGGCUGUAGGAGCUGCCAGAGUGGAGUCUGAUGGCGCUCAAGAUUUCAGUGAAACAAAUGGAGCCCUGGAUUUGACUUCCAGUUACAGUACAAAGGCCAUCAAAGAAGAGCCGGGUCUGUCAUUUUCCAGUGGAGAAUAUUCUGCUGGGCAUAUGCCAUUCAUGAGGGUGCCUCCAAGCCUGGUUAAGUUGGAAAUGCCAAUUCCUUCCGAGAAUCCAAUUGGUGCCAGUAAUCAGCAUGGGUCACAGCCAUCCCAGGCUACGGGAACUCCACCGUCCAGCUCGAGUGCCCCUCGCCGCUCUGCCAAGCAACAUCUGUGUAACGUAUGUGGCAAGAACUUCUCCUCGGCCAGUGCGCUGCAGAUCCAUGAACGUACACACACUGGAGAGAAACCCUUUGCUUGUACCAUCUGUGGUAGAGCUUUUACAACGAAAGGAAACCUCAAGGUCCAUGUUGGAACACACAUGUGGAAUAAUUCAACAAGGCGUGGCCAGCGUUUGUCUUUGGAAAACCCUAUGGCAUUGAUGGCCAUGGGUGCCGAGUCCAAGAUGAUCCCAGACAUGUUGCAGCCCCCGAAAGAUUUGAUCUCCUCACAGAUGAAUUUUGACCCAUCGGUAUGGAAUCAGUAUGCUGCUGCUUUCUCGAAUGGGCUGGCCAUGAAAGCCAAUGAAAUUUCAGUCAUCCAAAAUGGAGGAAUCCCACUCCCUGGAAGCCUUGCUGGAGGCCCUUUUGUUGGCUCCACAGGAGGCUUGUUGAAGAUGGACUCUCAUUCGGGCAUUCCAGGGACUGUUGCUGAAAUGGAAAAGAAUGGCUCGGAGAGCGUUGUAAAAUCACAGUUUCCACAUUUUAUGGAGGAGGGCAAAGUGAAUUAAGAUCAGAGUUUUCCUCAGUGAUUUCAGUGACUUCUCUACCAACUUGUCAGUAGGCACAAUCAAGGCUGGUUCUUUUGCGUUGUUUAUUUGUAUUUUUUUAUUUUUUUUGCUUUUGCAAAGUCAUAUAAAAUGUCAGAAUAUGAGCAACACUUUGAUUUGUGGACUUUAACAUUGAUGUAACUACUGUAGUUAUUACUGUUUCUUUUUCUCUAAUAUGCGGGUAUUUGUCAGUAAUGUUUCUAGAAGUUGAAUGUAUUUUUUUUUUUUUUUUU